CUUAAGCUGACAUGCGCAUGCGUAUUAAUGUGGCGUACGACAACAUCCCGGCGGCUGCGACUUGAAGUGUUUGGUCAAUUAGCUUGUCACGAUGCGGCUUUUGUUGUUUGUGAAUAUUUAGCCCAUUGAAAAUAUUAUUAAUUUAAAAGGAAGUUAAAUGUUUUGCUAUGAAGCUAACACGGAAACUGGUUCUUGCUAAGGCGAAGGCCUCCGACUUGGAGAGCGUGAAAAAACUGAACUGCUGGGGAUGCAACUUGACUGAUAUUUCUGUCUUCGCUCAGAUGCCAAACAUUGAAGUGCUGACACUGAGUGUCAACAGCAUCUCGUCUCUCUCUCCUCUGGCUGGCUGUCUAUCUCUGAGUGAACUCUACCUGAGAAGGAACAUGAUCCCCUCGCUCUCUGAGCUCUCUCACCUGAGACCGUUAACUCGUCUCAGAGUGCUCUGGCUAGCUGAGAACCCCUGCUGUGGAACCGAUGCCACCCAGUAUCGCCUCACAGUGCUUCGCUGCCUCCCUCGCCUCCAGAAACUCGAUAACCAAGUAGUGACAGAUGAUGAAAUUUCACUGGCUCUCAUGGAAGGUGAAGAGGUCACAACACCCCCAGGUAGUAUCCAUUACCAGCAUACCACCAACGGACUUCAGGAUACAGAGACAGAGAACGACCCUCUGAACUACAACAUGGAGGAGACCAACAAAAUCAGAGAAGAGCUGGGAAUGAAGCCACUUUCCAGAGACAAGUUCUCUUCCCUUUCCUCUCCAUCAACCAGAGAAAGCAAACCAAUCAAAAAGUCGCACACUCUUGAUGCCGUUUUGCUGCUGCUGAAAGAUUUGGAUGAAGAGGAGCUUCAUGUUGUACACACCGCCACACAGAACAGACUUCAGAUGUACACACUGGACUCAGAAAGGCUUACAAAGACACAGAAAACAGCUGAAAUCCAACACUGAUGUUUCACAGCAUGCGCUCAGGGCUAACCCCCCCCUUCCACAUUUAACACUAAGCUCAGGUUCAUUAAAGGUGCCCACUUUGUCCCAUUAACAUCUGCCUGCAAUAUGCAUGGCAUGUAACUACUUCACUUCCAGCUUUCACGUGUGGACUGAUCAGUUCCCCUGCUGUCUUUUUAUAGCUGCAUGCCUUAUCGCUUUGUAAGAACAAAAGAAUGUAUGUUUUGCUAAAUGUAAAUCUAUUUCUGUAAAGAAAAUAAACAGUGCAUUAACUUUAAA